GUCAACCUUCGCACCCAGAAGCGCCUGGCCGCCUCCGUUGUUGGCUGCGGCAAGAGAAAGAUCUGGCUUGACCCCAACGAGGUCAGCGAGAUCUCCAACGCCAACUCCCGCCAGACCAUCCGCAAGCUCGUCUCCGAUGGCCUCAUCAUCCGCAAGCCCGUCACCAUGCACUCGCGCUCCCGCGCCCGUGAGCUGAACGCCGCUCGCCGCCUCGGUCGCCACCGUGGUUUCGGUAAGAGAAAGGGUACCAAGGACGCCCGUAUGCCCAGCCAAGUCGUCUGGAUGCGCCGCCAGCGCGUUCUCCGUCGCCUGUUGGUCAAGUACCGCGCCUCCGGCAAGAUCGACAAGCACCUUUACCACGAGCUCUACCACCUGAGCAAGGGUAACACCUUCAAGCACAAGCGCGCUCUCGUUGAGCACAUCCACAAGGCCAAGGCCGAGAAGGCUCGUGAGGCCAAGCUCAAGGAGGAGAUGGACGCCAAGCGUGCCAAGACCAAGGCCGCCCGCGAGCGCAGACAGGAGCGUAUCGAGCAGAAGAGAGCCGCUUUCGCUGCCGACGACGAGGAG